AUGCCCGACCUCAAACAACUUCGCGGAACAGUUGCGAAGACCGAGGAGUUCACCCCGCUCUCUGACCAAAUCUACUUAUUUGCAGCCCCCACAGCCAACACCGACGACCCAGUCAUUGAGAAACGAAGCCAGAAUGGACCUGAUGUAGUACUCAUAUACGGUUGGGGCGAUGGUCGGCUUAACCACGUCGCAAAAUAUGCCGCCGGCUACUUCAGCCUGUUCCCCCGGGCCAAAAUUAUCGUCAUACUCUCUCAGGUCUUUAAGGGCUUGUUUUCAAGCCAGGUUGAGCGUGUGCGUUGCAUGAAACCGCUCAUCACAGAUGUAUUCGACUUCGAUUUCACAAAACGUACUUCCAAAGCACAACCCUCCAUUCUUGUCCAUGUUUUAUCGGAUACGGGCGGUUUGUAUUUCACCGCCACCCUUGAUGGAUACAAACAAGCCUUUGGUCAUGCCAUGCCGCAUUCCCUCCUGGUCAUGGACUCUACUCCUGGUUCGAUGGGAGACGACGGGAGGAACAUUGGAAAACUGGCAGACGCCAUGGUGAAUGAUGCGAAAGCGACAACACCCUUACCGCCUCAGGUUCUUAAAGCCAUGUGCAUUCUCGUCCUUUUCAUAAUGCGCCUGGUGGAAAUAGCGCGGUCUCGUAAGAACCCGAUGAUCCUCAGCAGUGCGACGUCCAAUAGCGAGGAAUUCGCGACUAAGUCGGCUCGGCGAUUAUACAUGUACUCCAAAGAAGAUCUGGUCACCGAUUGGGAAGCAGUCGAGAAGCACGCCGCAGAUGCAAGAGUGAAAGGGUACCAUGUGGAGUGUAACUUGUUUGAAGGAAGCGAACAUGUGCAGCACAUGCGGCGGUGGCCGGAAAAGUACUGGCAUAUCAUAAAAAUGGCUUGGGCGGAAUCCACUGAUGGCAUAUCAACAGUGAAAUCUCGUCUUUGA